AUGCAGCAUCGCGACCACUACGCACCUCAUCUCAAGCGCGCCUUCAACGGAUACUACACGCGCGUGCAGCUCGCAGACGGCGCGACCCUCGCCGUCAUAUUUUGUUGGGUGCGCAAGGCCCCGGAGCGCAAAAACCUCGUCCUCGUCUGCUACACGCCCUGUGUCCGACCGCCCGUCGUGCCCCCAUCGCAAGGCCCCUCAAUUGCCACGCUCGCAGGGUCAAGCACGGGAAACACGACGCUGCCCGGGGACACGACGCCCGGUCUCCCGUACCCAUGCGCGGACUCGCGCGCGUUCAAGUACGAGUUUUACCCCGAGAACUUCGAACUUACCGUCGGGCCCCCACGCCAGCCGCACGCCAGCUUCACCAUCAGCGCGCCCAGAGUGGGUCACAUGAAAGUCACCGCGGACGAGGUCGAGUACUGCAUCUCCGUCCCCGAACGCAACCUGCACGUCCACCUCGCGCUCGACGCGCACGUUCCCUGGGACCCCGCGCAGCCGCGGCGCGGGCCGAUGGGGCGCAUCCUGCACUUAUCGUCGCUGCUCCCGCUGAACUGGCAUGUGCGCUCGACGGCGUCGCGUGCGACGUACGCCGUGGCGCACCAUGGGAAUAAGGUGCGGGGCAUCGGCUUGGCGCAUGUGGAGAACAACUGGGGGAACUCGUUUCCCACUGGAUGGAUUUGGGCUCAGGCGUUCGAUGCGCCGCCCCGUGCAGACGCGGACGGGAGCGUUGACGCGCCGACUGACAGUGAAGGCGGAGGGGAAGACGUCGGAGGGGAGCCAGACGAAGGCACACGAUCGUUCGCCAUGGCGGGAGGACGGGCGUUCAUGGGCGUGCAGGCGUACCUCGUAGGCUACCGCUCACCGAAAUGCAACUGGGACUUCCGCCCGCCCGUCGCGAUGGGCGUUGGGAAGCUUGCGCCCUUCAUGGACGUCAGGCACGACAGCCGAAGCGGGGGGGUCGCCAUCCGGCUCAGGACGUGGAGGCGACGCUUGGAGGUCGCGAUCGAGGCACCCCCAGAGACGUUCAUCGGGAUGGCUGCGCCCUUGCCCAAGGGUCACGAACCUGGCUUUGCGCGGGAGAGCUUCCAGGCGACCGUGCAUGUGAAGGCGGAGAGGCGGCGGUGGCCGUGGUCGCAGUGGGAGGUUGUCGAUGAGGUCGUGCUCGGACGCACAGCCGACGGGCUGAGCUGCGGGGCUCUCGAGUUCGGGGGUGCCUUCUACAAGGUUGGCGAGGAUGGCGUGUAGAUGCGUAGAAGCUCCACUUAUAUCCUAGGUCGCUGUCAUCUUGGGAGUCGCAUGUCCUCACGAAGCACGCAUAUGCGUCUAACACAGAGAGAAGUGUCCUGUUGGGGAGCAAGAUGAUUAGAACGCGAUGCAUGUUGCCACGGUCCAAGCAACCGAGAACAUGAGAACUCAAGGAACUGAACGCUACUCAAUGACAGCGCUACAGGAACACCGCACAUGUGAUACGGCGGGGGUCGAGGUUAGGCCUGGUCAGGCUGGGUCUUCCGAGGUCGUGGGGAUGUCCUCGUCCUGGUGACAAGGUCAUCUGCUCUGCGCAAGCCGCCACCUGCCACUCCACUCUAUGCGCGCAAGGACGCGGGCGGGAACACGGCGAGCCCAGUAUAGCUCGCUAUAGCAGCUACUGACCCAUGGGACGCCCCUAUAUAAGUCGCACGCCGUUCUCACCCCUUGCCUCUCGUUCUCCGCACGACCCCCACCUAUAAUCUGGACGGACGACCACCCUUCGCAGCCUCAGCUGUAGACCGUUAGACUUUAGACUCGCGUAGAGUUCAACGAGCAUCAUGACUGAGACCCAGGCCCCUACCACCAUCGAGAUCAACGACGCCUACUUCUGCCCGCACUUCAAGGAGGUCUGCGCGGACUGCUCAUACGACGGACGGGAGGAGAACGAUGCCUUCUUCGGGUUUGACCCCAUCGACCGCGAGGGCCUCGAGGCCCCGGCGUCGAGCGUGAACAAGGAGGGCCAGUAUCAGUGCAAGAAGCACGGCUCGACUGCGUGCAACCAGUGCUACGGGUGGAAGAAACAGAUUACGAGGGCGAGAGCGGCCGCGAAGAAGGCGGGGAAGAAGGCGUGACUGCUGUGUUCUCCGAUGGCCUCGAAUGUGCUGCGCGUCGCGAAGAAGCUUGAGGGGCAAGGGAAUGCAAAGUGGCUUGGAAUUCGAAGACGAGACGCUGUACGAGUAUCCUGUGUACGAUGCGGCAUUUGUAUCACGAAUAACAACAGCAUGCGACAUUGAUGUACCCGGAUACGACGUGCACGACAGGAAUGACGGUAGCAAUGGGGAUAUGAUCGAAGAACCUCGGGGCUCGGGGAACUGGAAUGGGCCCGAGAGACGAGUGACGACGGGCGUACAGACGAUGGCGUGAACUGAGGACAUACCUUGCGCACGUUCUUGUCACCUUGUCCUGCGCAACGGAGAAGGAGCUCUCCUUUUCUCAAAUAACCGUGCCGAGCCAAGUUCUGAACAAUGCUCGGCGAUAGCAAUGAACGACCCCGCUUCCUGACUGACUGUAAGGAUUUCCCUAGCUAUCUUAUAUGCGUCCUAGAUGUCCUGGCUGCUUGGCUCGAUUCAUACUCAGAUCAAUCACGAUCAUCCAAUGCAGCAUUCGGAUUGUAUACAAAGCCCAUGUGCGCUCAUGAUUCAAACGGACAAACCCGAAGGCUUGAACCCGUGGAUCCAUGGAUGGGGAAAUGAGAUGCCAGAAGGCUCUCGGCCAGCACCGUCAAGCUUUCAACUGCCAUUGAUAUCCCGAGACAAUGAUGCGGCUUGGGAACACUCCCGUCGCCAUUGCAUGUUGUCGCCGACAGGAUUGGGCUGUGAACGUUCAAACGAACCGAGUUGACAUGAGCGCACGUAAACAGUGUACAUCCGGGACCAAUGGCGCGCGCGGCGAAUGUAGACGGCGAGCAUCUGACCUGCAAUGUCGACGAGGAUCCGAGAAACAAGUGUAAGCGAGCGACGGAGAGAGGUAGC